AUGGCCCUUUUCGAAGGGUCGUCAGCGAAGGACUGGCUGAGUCCCGAGUACAGGUUCUUUUACCAGUUCCCGUUGCCCAUCCCGCCGGUGAAGCAGCCCAAGAUGUCAAUCACCAACCCGGUCACCAACAAGCAGAUUGACUACUAUGAGGUCGACAUUGUGCCCUUCAAGCAGCAGGUCUACCCGAACAAGGGACCGGCUUCGCUCGUUGGCUAUGAUGGACUUUCACCCGGCCCCACGUUCCUUGUCCCCAGAGGUCGCGAGACGGUCGUGAGAUUCACCAACAAAGCCACACUGCCAAGCGCCGUCCAUUUGCAUGGAUCCCCUUCGAGGGCACCUUGGGACGGAUGGGCUGAGGACAGGAUCCAGCCGGGAGAGUACAAGGACUACUAUUACCCCAAUAGCCAAAGUGCCCGCUUCCUGUGGUACCACGACCACGCCAUGGACAUCACUGCAGUCAACGCCUACUUUGGCCAGGCCGGCGCGUACAUCGUCCAAGACCCCGCCGAGGACGCGCUUGGCCUCCCAACGGGCUACGGCGUCAACGACAUCCCCCUCGUCCUGUCCUCAAAGCAGUACAAUGCCGACGGCUCCCUCUUCUCACCCGCCGGCGAGACCGACAGCCUCUGGGGCGACGUGAUCCAUGUCAACGGCCAGCCGUGGCCCUUCUUCAAGGUCGAGCCGCGCAAGUACCGUCUGCGCUUCCUCAACGCCGCCGUCUCGCGCUCCUUCAUCCUCUACUUCAGACGCCAGACCGGCGGUGCCAACAUUUCGUUUCAAGUUAUUGCAUCUGACGCCGGACUGCUCACUGGCCCGAUCACCACAAGCACCCUCACCAUGUCCAUGGCGGAACGGUGGGAAGUCGUCGUCGACUUUUCCGGAUACGCGGGGCAGAACAUCUCGCUGCUGAACCAGAAAGACGUCGGCAAGGACACAGACUACGGCUUCACGGACCAAGUGAUGCGCUUCAUCGUGGGCAAGUCCGCCGCCGCCGCAGACACCUCCCUCGUUCCCGCCAGACUCCGCGACGUGCCCUUCCCGCCGCGACAGGGCGACGGCGUCGACCGGCGCUUCAAGUUCCACAGGUCCAACGGCGAGUGGCAGAUCAACGGCGUCGGCUUCAGCGACGUGGCGAAUCGCGUGCUGGCCCGCGUCCCGCGCGGCACCGUCGAGAUCUGGGAGUUCGAGAACGGCGGCGGCGGUUGGACGCACCCGGUCCACGUGCACCUCGUCGACUUCCGCAUCCUCAGCCGCACGAAGGCGAAGCGCCCUGUGCUCGCGUACGAGGCUGCUGGGCUGAAGGACGUGGUGUGGCUGGAUGCCGGGGAGGUCGUCCGCGUGGAGGCGCACUAUGCGCCGUGGGACGGGGUGUACAUGUUCCACUGCCACAAUCUUAUCCACGAGGACCACGAGAUGAUGGCCGCGUUUAAUGUGACAGCGCUGGGGGACUUGGGGUAUACUGAGACGUCGUUCGCGGACCCGAUGGAGGCGAGGUGGAGGGCGGUGCCGGUCUCGGCGGCGGCGUUCCAGGCGGACGCAGUUGUGCAGAAGGUGCAGGCGAUGGCGGCGCUGCAGCCGUAUAAUAAUGAGGCGGAGGUGCUGCAGAGGCUGGAUCAAUAUUGGGCUGCCCGCGGUGGUGUGAAGAUGAGGCGCGGAAAGAGGAUGGAGCAGGUUGAUGAGAUUGAGGGGUGA